AAUGCAAUGGAUUAUUUUGAUGAGAUUGAAAUGAAUGAUUUUGACGAGAAUGAAAUGGAUAAUUUUGACAUUGCACUGUCAGAGUCAUCUUCACAUACGGAAAUGGCAGAAAAUGUUACACAGUUACAAGAAUGUAGUAAG